AUGUCAGUUUUCUCCAGUGGUGCUUUGCCUUUUGAACCGUGUUUCACGCGUUGGCAGAUAUCACAACCGGAAACAUACUUUGCUACAUCUGACUUCACCCCUGGCCACCAUACCACCCGAACACGGUCCCAUGUGCGAUCACGUCCCAUGUGUCUAGAGGUUAGUCGUGAACUAACUGAAGAAACCUCCGACGUAGACUUUGAGGAAGUACAACAAGGAGAUUCUGGGUUUUCUCGAGUGGACUAUUUUCCGUUGGUCGACCCUUGUAGUUACGAUAACGUAGAAUACCAUCUUCCAAUACUGUCAAUCGAUCGCGCGCCUGCCCCAUUCACAGCCCCAAGGCCUUUGCCUCAAGGUUUAUUAGGUCCUUCAAUUCCCGUUGUUGUUCACAGGCUCUUAGGUAUUCCCCUACCGCUGGACAACACAUUUUGGCGUCAUGGACAUCUUUCCUCGCAAGCAUGGGCAACACAUUUGGGCGUCAUGGACAUCUUUCCCUACAUGGACAUCUUUCCCCGCUGGACGACACAUUUGGGCGUCAUGGACAUCUUUCCUCGCAAGCAUGGGAAAGAUUCGGUAAGCACUGUCCGAUUCAGCGGCUGA